AAAGCAUUUGAUGCGAACCGUUCAUUCACCGGAACGUUGUUUUUGUUUGUGUGUCAACAUUGUCACGUUUUACGGUAUAUUUACCUAUAACUGAGAGCGUCGGGAAAGGCAGUUCCCCAAAGAUGGAGAAAAUGGACAGAGGAUUGAUCUCUGAUGAGCUGAGGAAACUGCUUCUGUCAUUUAGUGUCGACAUUCCAGAUGAUGCCUCAGGAAAUUCAUUUGUUCGUGAUGUACUAGACGACUUCUUUGUACAUAACUUUGUUUCGGACACAAGAUCUCUUUCACAUGGAGUUGUGCUAACCAGGGACUUGUUUCCAAAAGAAGAAACUUUUAAAAGAUUUCCACCAACCGUUCAUGUGCUUGAAGUAAAUAUUGAUAGUGAUCCUGAAACAUGGGAGGAGAAAAGGGAUAGUUUGAAACUAUUUCUCCUUUUGUUGGAAAAAGAAAACCUGGUAAAAUUGAUUUUGGUACAUAGCGAUUCCAUGGGAAUUAUUGAUGCGAAGCUGAGAGUGUACCAAAAAUACCGCGGCUAUAUCGAAGCCUACAAUAUUUAUUUACAACAUGUCUAUGAAGAAUUCGAUGAAAUUGUCCAGUCAAUUGCCUAUAAAAAUGUGUCAUAUUUUGAAGAAUUUGUUGGAGCAAUGAUUGAAGCUUUUUCUAAAGAAAGUCUUGAAGCAGUCAUAAUUGAAGCAAUUGACAUGUCACUGAUAGAAGAUAAUAUUGCAAAACUGUGUUAUGAAGUAUCUAUUGAAUAUAAGAACGACAUUGUGGGAACUGUGAAAACUGGAUCAUAUAAUUGCUAUUCUGCAUUUACUGUUCGGGCAAUCAAACAGAUUUUGGUGAAGGAAACUUUAAAGAAAACGGCAAAAUCAUUAGCAGCUGCAAUACGCCCUGGAAUCGUACAUCACAUUGAAAGUGUUGUCCAGAAAACACUUGUCCAGAAACUAGGAGAUGUUGUAUGUGACAUGUCUGGUAUUGGUUUGGUAUAUAAUCGAAUGCAAUUUCCAUUUACAACCACCUUCAGAUUUCUCUUAAACAUUCUUUCUGGUUGGAUUGAGAAUAUCGUAAUAUUCGUUAUUAGAAUUUUUCACCCUGUGGACAUUAAUUCAAAAGAAUGGAGAGGUAAAGUUGCUGAGGAAAUUUACCAGAAAAUAUUGGAGAGGAGACAAAAAAUCUUAGCUCUUGCAUUGGAAGAAAUUUUGAAUAUCUGUUGGCAAACAACAGAAGAUUUAAAAGAUAUUCAACAUAGACUAAAAGAAUUCAAAAGAAAGGUGUUACCAAGUGAUCAAAAACAAAUCAUUAAAGAAUGGUUGAAAAGGGACGUCUUACAAGACAAAAAAGCUUUGGAGAAUCAUCCAUCUAUAAUGCAGUAUAUAGCAGGACAUAGGUUGGAUGGACAGCCAGUUGUGAAAGUUUUUCUUCGUGAUAAUGACAAAGAUGCACAAAUCGAUUUUAAAAAUGCAUGCUAUGACUUGGAGGACACAGAAUUAGAAUUUGUGAACGUUGCAGAAAAAUCAAUGGAAAUACAGAGGCAAGCUGAGAAAAUGAAACUAUGUGAAAGAAAUGCACCUGCUAUUGACAAAAAGACCAGAAAUGAAAUAAAACAAGUCAUUCAAGAACAUGGAGGAAAGAUUUAUGCAACAUACUCAAAUGUAGUUGGUAUGCGAAUAGGUAAGGUCAGAAGUGUUGGAGAUGAAAUAGAGGAUAACCCCUGCAUUGUUUUGUAUUGCCUUGACAAAAAUCUUAUUCCAUUUGGGGAAAAACCUUUACCAAAGACCAUUGCAGGAUGUCCAUGUGAUAUAAGGGAAGACUAUGUAAUGUUUGGACAUUGUCCUAAUAGAUGUCCCGCCUCUAGACAAAACCUUCCAGAGCCUGGCUGUAGCAUUGGUAUACCGUCAGUCGAUUCAUCAGGGAGUGUUGGAUUCUUAGUUGAACCAAAGAACCCAACUGAACAAUUUCGAUGUGGUUUUCUCACGGCAUCACAUGUUGCAGUCAAACGUUUCAAAGAACUAAACCACCAUAAAUCGCUGCUGUCUAUGAGCCAUCUGUCUCUCGAAGAACAUCCUAUAGUGCAUCCUUCAUGGCAAGAUAACGGUCACAUGGAUAACGCAGUAGGACAAGUUGUUGAAUCUUUCUGUGGAAAUUAUGGACUUUGUCAAACGGGCCUGGAUUUCGCUCUAGUUAGAAUCCAUGGAUGUCGUGAAGAAGAGAAAGAGGCAUUACCAAUUGUCAAUGACGAAGAAUUGGACUUUGAUGGAGAAACAAAGGUAACGAAGUCAGGAAGAACCACAGGGACAACUAUUGGUGACCUGACGGACGACAGCCUGACCGUUAGAGUGGACACGUCUUUCUUGUCGAGGGGAUACAUUGCUUUCUUCAACUGCUAUGCUGUCGAAAACAUAACAGAACAGAAUGCCUUCUUCAGGCAGGGUGACUCUGGCUCAGGUGUUUAUGUAAUGGAGAAGGACGAAACAUUAAAACCCUUGGGAAUCGCCUUUGCUUCUCUGUUUUCACAAACGGCUGUUUGUAAAAUUGACUCAAUCAUCCAAAAGCUUGAUUUGAAGAUAGUCAGAUAUCUUGACAACAAGCAGACACAAUUGCUUAUGUCUCAGACAGGAAACGUUACCGAGGAAAAAUUGCCGGAGCAAGAGCCAAUGGACUGUGUCUAAAACGUAUCUCGCACAUGCAUCUUCUCAAAGUUUAACACAACUGAAACUAGAUUGUCAUAAAGACUUUAAUUGUUCAUUCAAUUGCUAAAAAAUCAAAUCUGAUCUUUAUUUACUUAUGUAAUGAUCUAUUGAAAACGAAGACUCUAUAAUAAAAUUAUUUAUAUAUUUUAAAA